CCUUUCAACUACGAACGGCCACUUGCUGGUCAAGUGAUCUCGAUGCAUACCAACACAGUACGCUGACUUAUCUCAAGAUGGGCGUAAGCUAGGCGAACGAUGCACGAACACAUCGAAACGAUAUUUCAGGCGGAACGCCAUCUUACGCGUCCUUCCUUAACAGAGCUCACAUACUCUCCAUGUGAGCUCUGCGUCGCCCCCAUACAAAGAACUAUGUCUGCAAAUUGGUCGGUGCGCAAAGCUCACAAUAGCAUAUGCCUGGAAAGCACGAAGCAUAGGCGCCAAGAUGACCCUGCUGUAGGGAGGUUUGGACGCAGCCACGUGGACUGAGCACCAUGGCGGACUCCGCCCCUUAACUCUGUGGAGAUAUAACGUAGCCUGAGACCCUCAUCGACAUGAUCAGUCUGCAAUAGUAUCAUGGAGGGCCUUUCGCUUGUAGCAAACGGCCUUGCCGUUGUUUCUGUUGCCUUCCAACUGAGCGAAGCAUGUAUCAAGCUCUACGUAUUUUGGGAGUCGAUCGAAGACGCACCUCAGGAGAUUGCUGCCGUGAAGGAAGAUCUCCAGUACCUCAUUUCCGUCUUCAAAGGGAUCGAAAAUUCUGAGAAGCCCUUGGGCCAUUGCAUAGCCGAUGGCGUUCAGCAUUGUCGCAUCAAGAUCGCGGAUCUGAUGUCCAUCAUCGAGAAGUUUAAUGAAGGAUUUCAGUCAGAGUCACGAAGGAGGCGCUUGCGUACAUCCUUCAAAGCUGCCACGCACAGCAAGCAUCUCCAGAGAUUCCGUGACUCCUUGAACGAGACCAAGGCCACUUUGACCCUGGCUAUGGUUCAUGAAUGUGUCAUGCAAUCGCUCACGUACAAUAUAUAUGCUGACAUGAGUAUUUCCCAAAGUAUGCCAGCACGCUCAAUAGUUGGCCGAGCACGACAAGAGAUCAUACCCAGUCCGGAAAUGACCCAGCUAUCUGAGCAAAGACAAUUGCAGAGGUUUCCGUCCUCACGUGAUGGCCACCGUUUUUUUCUCCCAUUACCGGCAACUACCCAAGAUGUUACCAAGAACGCUCUGACGUACUUCGAACAAGCAGUCUCCCAGCAGGCAUUGACCGAUUCCACAAUGCAAGAAUUGAUGCUGCAUGCCAUCAGCUCUACCGCAAUCGCCACCUUCCAGUCAACGUCGCUUGAGAUCUUUGCCCAGGAUGGCUACAUGAUGGACGAAUGCGGUCAGGUACGGGCAAAGACCUUUGUCUACUCAGAAAGUCUGAGUUGCCAAGUACGCCAUGAGGCGACCAGUUUUCGAACAGCGUUGGGUUGCUUGUGGGUACGCCGGACUUUCAUCAGCCGUGCCAAAGAAAACACAAGCAAGCUUGAAAAAGCGCAGACAGUAACCUCUGUUGUUUUCUACCCAACACGAUGGCUUCAACUUAUGGGCCUCAAAAACGGAUUUGAGGCUGUAAUGGCAUCCGCUGGCAGAAGCUGGCUAUACAACUGCAGGAUAGCUGUCACUCGCGCCGUCCCAGAGGACGCGAUGAUUUUCGAGCUUUGUUUGGCAGGUGAGACUAGAGCCGUACAGAUGCUUCUGCAGAAGGGGCAAGGUAGUGUGGUUGACACGAGUCCCAAAGGUUGGAAACCUCUACACUUUGCUGCAGUAGCAGGUCAUACCGAUUUGUGCGCUAUGUUGAUCCGAGCAGGAGCAGACAAGUCUGCGCUGGUGUACGAAGGGCCCACGGAGUCUGUCCUGUCUCCAAUCUCUUUAUAUGUCUCACACUCCACAAAUCGGAGUGCCGAGGAGAAGAUCGAGAUGCUUAGACUGUAUUGCGACUGUAUUGACCUAUCCGAUGCCGAUAGCGACGGCUGGCUCGUUCAUGAGUGGCUCAAGAAAGCUUACGCAACUGAGCGAAAACCCAUAUCGCAGAACAGCAUCACUUGGCUUCUCCACCUAACAGCGAACGAAGAGUAUGUCGAGUUCAGUGCUCGAAACAUCUGGUCCGCUCUUCAGCAUGCCGUCCGAUCAGUCCUGAAUCAUGGAAGAUUCAGCAACACCCUGGAGCGCAUUCUGGAUCUAUCGCUCGAGGAGCACUUUGCCACUAGCCAACGGCAUAUUGAUGCCUUGGGCGUUUGGCUAGCUCUGCGAGUCAACGGUCGGGUGUUAUUACCGAUGGUGCUUAACGCAGGCUCAUUCCUGCAAAUGAAAGGAUUCGACUGGAUUGAUGACGAUAUGCCACAUCGGCUAUUUCUGCAGGCGCUACCCCAUCUCUACGCAGCAUGGUGUCAUACCGUGCUCGAAGCGGUCGAACAGGUUGAAAUGUAUAUGCGAGAGGAGUUCCACCAAUGCCUUGGGCAGCUCAACAUGACGCGAGAGACCUUUUUGCAUACCAUCUCUCGUGAGAAUACGAAUCAUAGGCCCACGAACGGACGAAUUUGCACAGACUGCCAGGUCGAGUACAGCGCUCUCGAUCACGGACUUGUGCAACCGGCAAGAAUCGCCGUCACCGAGUGUGUCUCGACUGGUCAUUCCUUCGACUGCAAUUGCCAGAAUAUGGACGAAAUUACCUCAUACAUGACGAAACUUACCCUACCGACUUACGCUGGCGCCUAUGACAAGGAUGGUGAAGGGCAGUACUUUGACACAGAAGAUGAAUUUUUCGACGCAGAGCCGCACAUAUUCGAUCAUACUAGUUGCAACAAGCCUGAUCCCUUCUCAGAUAUCGCUACAAUGCUAUUCCGUGCUCACGGUAGAGCGUGGAUAGGGAGCUAUGCUAUCGGCGAGGAGCUUUGCGCGUCCUGCUUCUUGUUCAGAGAAAAUUACAUCAGCAAAGAUGGUUUCGCCGCGGAUUUUCCGCCUAUGCCGAAGAGCUUCGAGAGGCUUCGAGCCAACCAGUGAGCUUUCCUGAUGGUUCACAUUAAAAAUGUCACAUCUUCUGGUCUCUCAGCUGCAGCAGACACGCUGCCCUAUAAGCCGAUGCUUUCUUGCCCCCUAUACUUUACCGAGACGCGCUCUGAUACC